AUGCAAGACAUAUUGAGCUCUUUUGUAAUGGAAAAAUAUUUAUCGGUGCAAUCAUUUGGUGUUGUUGGCAGCUGGCUCUGUGCCAAUAUACAUGCUUUGGACGAAGAUUCCUUGUUAGAUAUUAUUUCUAAGUUGACUAGACUGAAAUAUACUGAUGACAAAAUUGAGAAGGCUGUGGAAAAAUACAUGAAGUUGAGAGGCCAUAAGAUAGAGAGCCAUGUCCUUAUUGUUGGCCUUCUGAACUUUUGCAUGCAGUUCCAAAUUUAUAAUGAACAGAUAUUGAAUUCUUGCAGUGAAUAUUUUCUGAGUAAUUGGCAGGUUGUGCCACCUAGUUUCCUCAAAUCUUUCAUAUAUCCUUUUGGAUAUUUGCAAUAUGAUCCUGUAAAUAAUACAAAAUUUUGGAUGCUUGUAGAAAAAAUCAUGAAUGAAAAUUUUGAUAAAAUGACCAGCUGUGAUCUUAGUUCAAUAAUACUGUCGUCAAUUUACUUAGGUAAGUACCCUUCCACUUUAGUCCGUAGAAUGUUAAGUCCAGAGUAUCUGGCAAAAGUCAAAAAUGCUGAUAUGUGGAAGAGGUUUUAUUUGAUAGAUACUGCAAUGACUUUAGAAUGUGAGAAGUACUUGGGUCCUCUUUUACCAAAAGACCAGUGGUCCAAGCCAAUAACUCAAGACUUUAGGGUUAAAAAUAUUUUGGAAAAAAUCAUGGAAAUGCUUACAAAUGUAGCAGGAGGUCAAGAUAAAUUGUCAGUAGCUGUGUUAUACCGUACUUACCAUCGGAUGAAACAUAUCUACUGGAUGUCAUGUUGCACUCCGCUGGGCUGGGUAGUAAAACCUUUAACUGGAAAUCAAAAACCGUUCGGAAUGCUAAUAUUGCCAUAUUAA